UGCUCAGCUCGACGCUCCACUAGUACGUCGGAUUCGACGUGUAUACGCUCCUGGGGUUACGUUCGCGGUAUGACGUCACCGGGCUGAAUCGAUGCUCGGCGUCCGUGCGACCCCUGCAUUGGGAAGGGGGACCGCAGCCGCAUGGCUCGACGUGACGCCGCGACGGCGAUAAGCCUGGCAUCUCUCGUCUUGCUGCGCGGGCGACGCCGUCCAGGGUAGACGUUCGGUCAAGUGGAGGUCUGCGUUCGAUAAGGCCAACUACAGCGGCAAUUUUGAACGUGCCAUGGAUUGGCGGGUAUUUGAGGACUCCCUUCAGCCUCAUCCUCGGGGGCUUCGACCACGGGGUCCAUCGACUCCAGUUUCGGGCCGGAUGGCUCCACUGCACGUCGUUGUUUUCAAAGAACUUCUCUUCUCUGAAUCGCUUACGGUAAGGCAAUCAGGGGAGUUCGCGGUGACUUGUGAUGGAGGUUCACCUGGAUUCGUACGCUUAAGUCUGUGUUAGCUGGCAAUCGUCAUACGCUUUUCAAGAAUGUGGACGUCGGCACGGUACUGGCCGAUGUUGUUUCUGGCUCUUUUUGCGACGUGUUACCUUUGGAGAACGGGAGCACCAUUUUCCUGGUUGUCCACCAGAGUGCUGGCAAGAGCCUCCUUCGAAGUCGGUCUCACCUUACCGUCAUCCGCACUCAGGUUAUCUCAACGUUUUGUGAACAAAACCACAAGAGCAAAGCACCUCGUCAGAGGAUCCGCGAAGGUGCAUCAUCGCCAACCGAUCUCGCGAUACAUGUUGCGGCUCUACCAUCGUCGACCUGACGCUGACAUCGUGAGAGCUCUUCAACCGGCUCACAUCUCUUGGCCGUUGUCAAAUGAUGGUGGAAGAGUUCUAGAAUUUUCCGUACCGAUCACACAACCUGGGGAGGUUCUGGAAGCGGCCGAGCUUAUGGGGGCCGCAGGAAUGAUUCUCCGCGUUCAUUCGAUCGACGGAUUGCCUUGGAAGAACCAAGUCCAGCGGCCACGAAGAGACGAUGCUUGGAGAGGAUUCAAUGUGACCGAUGCGGUUCUCGGCCGAAUCGGUGACGUACUGCGACUUCGGGUACGCGGAAGAGUUGAAGGUCGGCAUCGCGGCGAAGGACCGAUCCUAUUGCUCAGCUACAGCAAGCCAAAGACGCGAAGAGCGCGAUCGACCGUCUACGAGGACCAAGGGGACGUCACUACUACGUGGAAAAACGACCCCGCCCGACGCCGGCGUCGAAACGCUUGCCGCAAGCGAUCUCUAUACGUCGACUUUUCCACGAUAUCGUACGACGAGUGGGUCGUUGCCCCGAAGGGUUACGACGCUUACCAGUGCGUCGGAAAGUGCUUUUACCCACUAGGAGAUCAUCUCAGUCCUACGAAACACGCGAUCGUCCAAACCCUCGUUUACACCGCACUUCAGGCUGCCGAUGAAGCCAAAGCCAACGUUAACGUCAACUCUAACAACAACAACAACAACAACAACAAACCAGUCGGAAGAGCGUGCUGUGUGCCAACCAGGCUCAGUGCAACCAGCCUGCUUUACAUGGACGCUACGGGAACCCUGACUUACCAGUAUGGAUACGAAGACAUGGUGGUGGCAGAGUGUGGCUGCAGAUAAGAGGACAGAGUCCAGAACUGCGUGCUUCUAAUAAUAUUGAGAUCGGUCGAAUGCAAGUUCAAGCAGU